GAAAGCAGUUCGUUAGCCAUGGAGGUUACCCACCAAGAGCUGCAAAACAUUUCACCUUCAAGUUUGCUUGUUGAAUCGUUGAUUGAUUACCUGUGUGUACUGAUUGACCCGAAUAACCAGGAAAAGUUAUACACAAGUAUGUCGCAUUGAUUAGUUGAUGAACAGAAAGAAGCAGUGCUGAAAAAGCACACUCACAAGGAAAUGUGAGAAGGCAACAAACAUCUUCGCUCUCGUUUGCUGCAUUGGAAAUGCGAACAAGUAUUUGCCCCAAACAUCUAUCAGCUAAGAGACUGUACAACUUGAGAUCAAACACUUAGGAAGUUGUUGAAACUAGUGGUUUGGAUUUGUGCUUUUGAGAACUCAAUCAUAACACAGCAUAUAGUUUGACACACCUGUAACACUAGAAACGAUUUUUUCAAUUGGAAAGGGGGGAAGUGUUAGUUGAGCUAACAAUCUUAUCCAUCUUUAUUAGACAUAAGACACAAUUGAACCUAAAUGACACAGUAUUUAGUGUUAGAAGAUAACUGAAACUAGGAUAGGUCUUUUCACUUGUAAAGGGGUUUCUUCAAAAUUGAUUUGAAGAAUCAAUUAUUUUUAAGAAGAAGGUGAAGGUUCUGAAGUUUGGUACAGUUUGACAUAACUAAAUCUAGAAACGUUUUUUUUAUAAUAAUUCGAUUGAAUGAGAGACUGUUGACAAGUGAGACCUGAGUUGGCAAUCAGUUACUAAACAGUUGAGGUUUAAGAUAAAGAAUACUUUGUUAUUUGUUAGGUUUUUGAAAUAAUGUAAAAGUGUUGGUGGUGAGAGCAGUUUGUGAGAGCAUCAGUUUGUCAUGAGCUGUAACAGUAGAACCGUUGUUCAGUCGAUUGUUGUACUAUGUGUGGUGGUGGUGGGGGUGGAGUGCGGGGGAGUGGUGGGGGGUGGUGCCCCGGGGCCCAACUGGAUGUACCUGGGGGUGACGGGGGUUGGUCCGCCCAUGCAACGCAACCCAGCUGCCGGAGGACCCGAGACAGACGACGCCGAGACGGCCGAAGCCAAAGCGGUCUGCAGCGCCAUCCCGGGACUAGUCGCGCAACAAGUUGAUGUGUGUUUAGACCACCCUGACACUAUAAGGUCGGUAGCAGACGGGGCUCGGCGAGCGAUAGACGAGUGUCAGCACCAGUUUCGGAACGAAAGGUGGAACUGUUCGACGGGAGGAACGGAGGACCAGAGUGUGUUCGGGUAUGUGUUGGAGCGUGGCAGUAAGGAGACGGCGUUCGUGUACGCGGUGACUAGUGCGGGCGUCGUGUACGCGGUGACGCACGCGUGCAGCUCGGGGAACCUCACGGAGUGUAAUUGUGACGUGGGGAAACAGGGACAGACCACGCCUGAAGGGUGGAAGUGGGGCGGAUGUAGUGACAACCUCCAGUACGGCAUCCAGUUCGCGCGCCGGUUCGUCGACGCCCCCGAACGCAUCAAACCCUCCACCGCCGUCACCGCCAAGGCGAAGCGCGCCUGGAGUGUGCGCACACGCAUGAACAUACACAACAACGAGGUGGGCCGACAAACGGUGGCCACGCUCAUGCGAGUCCAGUGUCGGUGUCACGGUGUGUCAGGAUCCUGCGAGCUGAAAACCUGUUGGAAAACUAUGCCGUCUUUCGACGAGGUGGGCGAUCUCCUCAAACGCAAGUACCGCACAGCCGUACAAGUCAACCGAGGAUCCAUUCUAGGCGUUAGUCACAACAAACGCGGCCGUCCCCGUCGCAAGCGGAAGGCCAAACGCCGUAUCCCACUCGCCAAAGCGGACCUGGUGCACAUCCACAAGUCCCCCGACUACUGUGUGCAUGACCCCAACCGAGGCAUCCUCGGCACGCAGGGUCGGGUCUGCAACAAGACGUCCAACGGACCCGAUUCGUGCGACCUGCUCUGCUGUGGGCGUGGCUACAACACUCAGGUCAUUAAGCGCGUCGAGCGGUGUCACUGCAAGUUCGUCUGGUGCUGCUACGUCAAGUGCAAGACCUGCGAAACGCUUAUCGAUCAGCACACCUGCAAGUAGAUCAAUGCCAAAAUUAUCAAUUACUAUGAGAGUAUCAGUACAAAGAUUUGAGUGAGAAUACUCAUCCGGAAUUGAAAGCUUGUAGAUAAAGUAGCAUUGAUGAAAAUUUGAUUGUAUCAGUACAAAAGUAAGUGGCUAUACUCAUCCGAAAUUGAAAGUUUGGAGAUCAAGUAGCAAUGAAGGAAAAUUGUUCUAAAAAUUUGAUUUCUUUCAAUUAAUUUUUUUGAGUAGAAGAAUAUAUCAAAAACUAAACUAAGAAUAUCGAUUUUAAAAAUUAUUAGUCAAGGGUAGAUGUGAACCCUUACAAAUUUCUUUGAUAUUUAAAAAUAUUGUAUCAAGAACUAAUUAAUAAUAUCGAUUCUAAAAAUUAUUGGCCAAGUAUUGAUGCAUGAUGAAUGACAGUGUUUUCUAAACAUAUAGAUUCUCAUUAAAAUUUGAGUAUCGUUGAAAAGGGUAGUUGUGAACCCUCACACACUGAGAGCCCAGCCACACAGAGAGCGAUUUGCGAUCCUUACGGGGAUAUAGAUGAACAUAUCUAAGAUAUAGAUUCCUUCAGGAUUACAGACUCGGUCUCUGUGUAACCGGGCCCUUACUUUCUACCAUGUUUUACAAUAUCGUAUCUUGAAUGUGUAUUUAUCCAAUUAUUCUUUUUAAUACAUACAAAUGUAUCUCAAUUUAAUUAAAAAUUAAAACUAUUGUGCGACGGUAGAACCGACCCCAUUUUAAAAUAUUUUAUACGAGAAGAUGUGCACAUCUAGAUUUGAAAGAAAAUUAGGGUGAAACCUUGAACCUUGCUUUAGUAUGAGAAUAUAUUCUCAUUCAAAACUACAACAUUGGUGGUUAAAAUUUUACAAACUUUGUAAAUAUCUUGCCAAUUGAUUAUUUCCAUUUUGAUUGUUAAUCUAAGGCUAUACGCUCUCAUCCAAAACAUUGCUUAAGGUCAGUUGAACUUUUAAUAAUGUUGUUAUUAUUAUUCAAUAGAUAUAGAAGUUCACGUCUAAAACAGAAAAUUCAGAUUUAGUUGAACAUUAUAUCCUGUAAAGUUAUAGAUUCAAAGAUGUGGAAUUUAUAGACUAUUUUUAGAGCCACCAAUGCUGAACAAUUAUCUUUAUUUUCAAGGAUAGUUCACUCUUCCUAUUUUUCUUGAAUUCCAUUUUUAUGUUAGAAAAAAAUGUAUUGUCCUAGUAUGAGCCUCGGCAACUACCUCUAGAUUGAGUAAAAUACUUCAUUUUUUAAAUCUAUUGAUUUCAUAAAUAGUUUUGUAUCAAAACGAAAAAUAACCUACAUAUUAUUUUAUGUAUUUUUUAGAUCAUCUCACAGAUGUAGAAUCUGGUAAAAUAAUUUAUUUCCUAUGAAUUUACUGAAGAAGUAUUAUUAUUUCAUGACAACAUGAACACUCAUUACUGGUUGUAUCAUAUUGAAUUUUCUCAAUAUUGAGUAUGAAUGUGUUGUAUGGUGGGUAUUUUCUCCAUUUUAUUCGUAUUUUAAUUGCGGUGCGAAGACGAAGAGUAUUCUUUAUCAUUCCCAAUAAUAUGAGUAUUAUUAUUAUUAUCAUCCUCGUAUGCAGUAUUAUUGUCUUGAGGGAAGCAAAAACUUAUUUAGUUCUCCCUACUUCAUUUUUAGGUUUCCGUGAUUCUAUUUAACCCGAUAAAUGUAUUCCUGAUUCUAUUAAGAGCUUUUGUGCAAGUAUUGAGUGAGAUGGUUAAUAAAUUCUAUAUUUACAAGCAAAAACAUCCUUCUACUACAGUUUUUAAUGUUGACUAAGGAAUAGUGGUCCUAUAUCAACGCUAACAUUAUAUCUAGAUAUCAGAAUAUUAUUAAAAUUAUAUUCGGAUGAAGAGUUUAUUUAUUUUACCUUUUUGUAGUUUAGAGUAGAUUGUUUUGAAUUAUAAAUAUUCUAUUCUUCAAUAAUGAUGUAUUAUUAGAUCCCCUUAUUUGAUAAAUUUCCAUAUAGUUGUCAUAGAUAUUUUCACAAUGUUUUGUUUUCAACAAGACCAAUUUACAAUAACGUUAUUAAUAUUGGUUCCUUUAAAUGUUGAAUACAAUGUACAACACUUGGCCUUCAUACCUGCAUGUACACAAGUCUCACUAGAUGUCAAACACCAUUUAUUCUCAAUUAACUUCAUCAGUUAUCAUAGUUGUAUAUAAUGCCAUAUUUUUGUAGACUGUUAUUGUAGUUUUAAAGCAGAUUCUGUUCUCAAUAAGUUAUGUCAAAUGUUGAUAUUGUAAAUGUUUCAAUAUAUUAUUUUUGUACAUAAGAAAAAAUGAUAAUGCACUAACAAUAUGCCUCUUCCAUUAAGCUAUCUAAUCAUUGCAGUAACUCAUUUCUUUUUAAAAUAAGUGGUGAUUUGUAUUAAAUGUUUUCAUGUUUCCGUCAAGUCGAUAUCAGAAAUAGAAAUGAUCAAAAAUCGUUCUCACAAUUCAAUAGGAAUAAGUUAAAGUAAUAUAAAUUGAUAGUUCAACGUAUCUAAACAUCACAUUUUAAGAAUGAAUGCAUUUUAGCUAGAGAUUUGACUUGAAAUACUUUUUUGAAAGCAUUUUUAUGUGAGAAUAUAGGCUACUCCUUUUAUUAUACUCUUCUGAUCAACAACUAUAAUGCUAAAGCAGCAACAACAGAUCAACUUUGUAAACUGUUGAAAAUUUCUAUGCUUAAACAAGUAAACUACCUCUUGAUUAGAUAGUAAUUUCACGAUUCAAGUUUUUCUCCAGUUGUAAAAUCCCAUUAAAAACUCAUUUUGUGCAAUAAGCAAUUUUUUUAAAGUGGUGAAAGUGUGAGUGUUAAAAAUAGAUGUUAUGAAGAAAAUGCCUCCAUUAAUAAACUAGCCAGCAAUAUUUCAAAGUACAUCUACAGAUUUUAAAUGACAUUUGUUGAUAUAAGCCUCUAUCUUGAUUGUCUAUCAAAGUGACAUUUAACCCAGCUACAUUUGGACUGUUGUAUAGAUUAGAAUUGGAACCGUUUUGGGUUUUAGCCUGUGGUACUUUUCUAGAAGUUGUAUAAUUCUGAAUGAUUGAAUAAAUAAAGCUAUGAUGUAUUUGUAAUAAUGUUCACAUUUUAUGCGCAUAUGAACUAAUUACGCUUUUAGUGUAAGAGGGAAAAUUAUCAUCACAUGAAAUACCAUUUUUCAAAUAAGUAAGAUAUUCUAUGUUAAUCUGUAUCAGAAUAAUAUACAGAAAAGUACUCUAUUAUUAAGUAUGAAAUUAGUAUUAUUAUGAGAUUCCUAGAGAAGCCACUAUUAUUGACAAAAUUAUGAAAUCAUUUCUAUUCACAAGUUCUGUAAAUGAUUACCUGUUUUAGUUCGUUGAAUUGCAAUAUGGUAUUUUUUGUACCACUACUUUUGAACAUGCGGUUAAAUAUUUUGGAUAACACGUUUUUAACUCUCUAAUCAAUGAAUAUGACUCUUUUCACAAUAUCUUCUUUUUUGUUAAAAAUAGCUAGUGCCUUCCGUGAUUUUGUAUUACUGUCAACUAUUUUUUUUUUGUUCUCUAUAUAAUAUUUGUGUUAUUUUCAUAUUAUUUGUUCAUACUAUUUUCAAAAGCUGUACUACUAUAGUGAGGUCCACGUUACAAUGGCAGUGUGUGAUUUGCAAUGGUGUUGCUAUCCUUGUCUACCAUUCAACAAAGCAGAUGGCGCUAUCUCUUUUACGCUUUGCGAUGUUGCCACAUCGUUUAUCAACAAUGUAGAAAUUCAACUAAUUGACAAAAUAUUUAAUCUCAAUCAUGACAAUUUAUUAUUACAUCUUUAAAAAAUAUAUUUUCUUGACAAAUAAAAUAUGAUUAACUUUUUCAACAAUAAUGAACAGUUGAAUUCAUCAGAUGUACCAGUAUCAGCUGUUUGGGUGGCAAGGCUGAGAUCUAGCAACGCUUUUCUCCUAUCUUCCUACACUGCCAUUAUAACGUGGACCUCACUAUAGUAAUCAAUCCUUGACUGGGUUAAUUUCAACUAAUUAUUUAGAAAUGCAUCGCAUCGUUGUUUUUUAGAUUGAAAUGUUCUAAUAAGCUAUACUGUAAAAGUGUUCAAUAUUUGCGUAAUGAGCACAAACACUAAUGUCCACUAUUAAUAUGGUUGUAUUUCCCAAUUUGUAAUCAGUAUUUAUUAUUGGUCUGCAAUUGUAUCGUUCCUAGAUUCAUUCUAUUUAGUUUAGACUUACAUAUAUUUUGUACAAAUUAAAAUAAUUGAUCAUAUUUUGCAUUUAUUUGGUAAAAUUAUUUGCAGCUCAAUUUACAAGCUGUUGUUCUAAUACCUUGCCUUUUUAUUUUACAUUUUUCACCUUCUUGCCAGACUUUUGCAAUUUAUUAUCCUACUUUUUUUAGUUUAGUUUAAAAUAUUUUAAGAGUUGAAACUCCAUGUAGCAAUUUUUAUAUUUAGUUUUCAUCCAGGAGUUUACACAAUAUUCAUAUACAAAUAUUUCAAUAACUAUAACAUUAAUCUAGAAUAGUUUACUCUAUUUAGAUGGGCCUUUUGCCUGAGCCAUUUUAUGAGCUUUAAAUAUUGACAAUCCCUCAACCUUGUUCCUAAACAAUACCUUGCGCAAUAUAUUAUAUAUUCGAAUAUUGUAGAUAAUUAUCAACAUUUUGGUUGUGAACUUUUAUUUUAGUCUGCUUCAUUGCAAUUAUUGUGUCAUCGAUUGAAAUUUCACUAGAAGUCUAGUACUGAUUGUGAGACUAAUGUAGGCUCUCACUGUAAUGCUAUCAUCUUGUAAUUUGUAUAUUAUUCAGGAGUUUGUACGCUGUAACUGAGUAAAUUUUGAUAUUGUAUAGAAUUUGCAAUUUGGUACGUAUAGAUAGUUUGAAAAAACAUGUUAGAAGUUUUGAUGGUGAGUGUUUGAUUUUACAAGUUUGUUUGAAAUUUAUAUUAAAUAUGAUUUGCUAUUGUGAAAAUUUCAAUACACUAUAAGUAUUGGAUUAGAAGUGUUUCUGAUAUUAUUUUUCAAUUUUCAUUUUUAAAUAACUUUUUGUUUAAUAGUAAUAAGCUUAUCUAAAAAAUUAAAGAAUCAGUUUCAGUUUUUAUUCUAAAUUUCUCUUGAUAAACUUUACCUUUCUGUAGUUAGGUACAUAUUUUUAGUUUUUAUUAUUGUGGAAAUCGUCCUGUAAUGUCUGCAAGAAUGGAGGUUGAUACAUCAAUUAUUAUAAAUUAGUGUUAAUUUGGAACAAACUCGAGCAAAAUCUCUCUAUCUUAUUUAGAUAACAAACUUUAAAUUCUGUCAUAUCACCAAUAUUAUGUGCAUUUAUACAUGAUUUUGUGUAAAUGAUUUACACUUUUCAACAAUAGAUUUAAUUUGAAUCUUUAUGAGAACAUUUUUUUCACGAUAGUUUUAGGCUUCUUUCUAUGUCAUUAGAAAAUUUCGAUAAUUUAUUAUUAAUUGUCUAGCAUUGAGAGAAAGUUUCUGUUAGAAAUGAUGUGCUAGUACUCGCAUUAACUUUUAUCAUUUUUUCAAUACAAAUCACAUAUGAAUAUAUAAAUUCAUACAAUGUAUAGACAUACAUAAUAUUUUAAAGAAACACACAGGACACACUAAAUACUUUUGAACGUCCAUUUUGUCCAAAUAUUUCCAAUUCUGGAAAUAAGAUGAAUAAAAUUAUCUAGAGUAGAAUCAAUGAUACUCCAUGUUAUUACUUGAAAUAUUUUAUAAAGCUAUUCUAUAGUCUGAUGUAUUAUAGUGGAUAAGACAUUCUAUACUAGAAAUGCAAUCAAUGCAUGUAGAAUAAGUUUAUCUUUUUUCACAUACUUUAUUCCACAGGCGAGUCUUUUUAUUGCACAUUCUAAUGCUACACUAUUUAUCCAAAAAAUACAACAAUAAUACAGAUUGUUUCAUGUAUCUCUUGUAUCAUCUACUAUCAUAAAAAUACAAGAAAAUUCAACACAAUAUCAAUAAAAUGACUGUUUUGAAAUUAAUGAAAUCGGUUCACAGGACUUUUUUCAUUAAAUGAUAUUAACUUACAUUAUUAUAAUGAUUGAUGACAACUGGUUUGUACAGGAUUAUACUUUGAACAAUUCAAAUUCUGCAACUGAUUCACUGCCUUCCGAGAUUAUAGGUAGAAUUCAAAUUGCAUUUGAAAACAUCAAACUGCCAUAAAAUCUCAAUUCUAUUGUUUUAUCAUUGUCUUGAAUGUAAAAUAAUGUUGAAAAAGUCAGUAUUAAAUCUCAUUUGAAAACUAUUCCAAUUUAUAGGCGCAUUGGCAGCAACUUUGAAUAUUUCAAAUAGGAAUAAUGUUUAAAAUCUGAACCAUAAAAUUAUCAGACUUAUCAACUUAUCUGAGCAAUUAGUUUAUUGGUUUCAGUUGAUGAGUAAUAAAUAGAUAUAAAAUACAAAACGUAUUUGAUUCUGGUUUUUUCAAUAUUUGUGUUGAAUUAUAUUUAUAAUUAGAGUGUGAAUUUAAGUAUGGAUUAAUUGAAAUAUAUUUUGAUGCGAGCUUCCAUGAGGUUUUGUAAAAUAAUACUAAAAGGUAUUAUUUUUUGUGUAUAAUCAUACAUAAUUUACUGUGAAAAAUAUUUGAAAAAUGUAAAUUUAUUCCAAGUUCAAUAUUUAAAAAAGUAUUUUUAACAUUUCCGUAAUCAAUUUCAGCUAUACUUUCAUCCAUUCACUCGUCUCUCGUUAUAUCUGACGACAUGCAAUUUCCAAAUAAAUAUAAAUUCUAGAAACUCUCUUAUUGAUAAGCAUAAUUAAGAAGAGAAGUAUAAUCAAAUAAUCAUUGAUAAAUAUACGAUCUUGAAUGAAUAUUCUGUUUACAACAAUGCACAAUUUGAUAUUAAAUCCAUCCACAUACUCAAUUUUCACUGGUGUUGCAUAAAAUCGUCCAUCUGAUGUGAAUCAUCACUGUAUGUACAAACUUAAUCAGAACAAAUUCCAGUACUAAAAUAUUAUUUUAUUAGAAGACUGUAUUUUGUUGAUUAGUGUUCGACGAAAUAUAUUUAUUUUUACUAUUAGAAGAAUUGUUUAAUGUAUUUGUAGAAUGAUUGAGAAUAUAGCAAGGUUCUCUGAAAGCAGUAGCAUUUAUUGUUUCGGACUCACACAAGAUGCAUUUUAUAAGCUUUACUAACUGAUCACAAAAUACCUCGUUCAAAUAAUCAUAGAUUUCUGUAAGUUACAUAAGCAUGUGUAAUCACAUUCCUCAACACAGAAAAUUAUUAUUGUAAAAUAUAUUAUUAUAUUAAAUAUUAUACACACUAUUACGCUAUAAUAAACAAUAUAAUGUACCUCCUACUUAUAGUGUUAUACUUUGAAUAUUAUUAAUCAUUAAUUAUGUAAUAAUAAUGGUAACUUAUAAGUAUGUGAUCAAAACAGGGUUAUGUGUGGUCAAAUUCUGAAUGUUUUUAAUAUUUAUAUUUGUAAGUAGAUGAUACUUUCACUUAUUAGUGAAGUUUAUGAGUUGAAAAUAAAGUAUAUCAAACUCAA